AUGUGGCAACCAGGCAUGUGGCAACCAGGCAUGAGCGAAACAGUCCUGAGCCACCCAGGAAUGUGGCAAACGGGCCGAAGUACACAACUAGGCUCGAGCCAAUCAAGUACGAGUCAACUACACAUGAGUCAACGAGGUAGGAGCCAACCAGGCAUGAGCCACCCAGGCAUGUGGCAACAAGGGCUGAGCCAACCAGUCCUGAGCCACCCAGGCAUGUGGCAGCCAGGCAUGAGUCAACCGGUCCUGGGCCACCCAGGCAUGUGGCAACCAGCCCUCUGCCACCCAGGCAUGUGGCAACCAGUCCUGGGUAUGUGGCAGCCAGGUCCAAGUCACCCAGACCUGAGCCAACUAGGCCUGA